AUGGAGACGGCGGAUUUAGUCAAGACUCUCCUCAAGGCCGACGAGGAAUGCCGUGUGCUUCGCGAGAAGGUGACACUGCUGGAGAAGACGCAUCGUCUCAGGGAGCGGGACGCACGGGCGUUAACCGCGCCCCCGUCGGAGGCCGCUGGGGGGACGAAAAAAGUCCAGGCCCGCACCCUCGCUCUUCCCAUCGAGGCGGUUGGUGAGCUGAAUUCCAGGGCCGGGGAUGUCACCCUGCUGCUGCGGGAAGAAAAGAGGCUAUUGAAGGAGCUGAAGCAACUUCAGACCAUCCUGGAGGGCUCCGCUGCAGACACAGUGGAGGCAAACACCCUCAACACGCAUCUGAAGCAACGUAUUGGCUACACCGAGGGGGAAACACUUUUCCAUUUGAGGGACACAAUUGAGGAAGCUGCCCACAUGAAUGGACUGAAGUACGAAAUUCUGCAGGAACUCCGCGCCCGUGAGGCCGUGCAAGCGACCCUGAAGCGGCAAACGGAGCACAUGCGGGAGUAUGUGACUAAGCUGGUUGCCUCCAAGGAACUCGACGAGCAACGCGAGCGAGCAGCACAGCAGCUCAAUGAAAAGAGGGCUGAGUUGGAAGGCAUCCGUGAAGAGGUGCAGUCUAUGCGGCGCCUUUUAGAGCGGAAGGAGAAACAACUUGAGAAUGAGAAGCCUGUCGACGAACUACAAAUCGCUGUGCGGGCCGAAAACGAAAGACGCACGAUGCUCCACAGGCUGGAAAAGGAAGAGGAGGGCCUUCGGCAAAACGAGAUUUCCAUUCGCCACCGGUCCAUGCAGAUUGCCAAGCUCGAGAGGCGCAUCGAGAUGAUAGGCGAUGCACUUGCCCGCGAAGAAUCUACUGAUGAGCGUGUUGACGCCGAGAUUGUGGAUCAAUUGCGCAAGGAAAUUCUUGUCCUGGGCCUCCGGCAUCAAAAGCGUGAGGCCCAACAGGAGCUGCUUGACGCCAAUAUUGUGGAUCUGGAUCGUCGGUGCGUGGGGCUUGUGCGUACAACAGCCAACAUGAAGAAGGAGAUGCAGCGUAUUGAACGGAACCACCGAAAGUACAUAAACAUCCAAAAGAAGGAGUUGGAAACGGAGCAGAUGGCGGCGGAACAGGAAAUUGGCGAGAUUGAGCGUGAAAUCGAAAUGCUCCGCCGUGUUAAUACCCGCCGCAGACAAAAGGCACAAACUGCCUGA